AUGGCAUCUCAGGUUGUGCGCAUUGUCGGUGUCGGUCGCACGGGUAUUGGUAAGCUGCAUAAGUCAGUCGACGAACUUGCUGCAUCCGCUCUCAAAUGUGCCCUGGUUGAUGCAAACAUGAAGCAGUGUGACUUGCAAGCUCUCAUCGCGGUGCCCUCGUUGGCAAGCCCACAGUUCAUGCAAGCACACCACAUAGCCACAGUGGCUGGCCUAUUCCCCACGAAGGGAAAGUUUAUAGUUCGCACCGUCGACACGGGUGGGGCAGGUCCUAUUACGGCUCUUGGGAUGGCCGUGGAUUUGGUGCGGACUGGAUGCGCACAGACGGUUGCUGUCAUUGCCGCAGAUGCCGUGUUGAGCAUGGGAAGUGGCGCGUUUGCAGAGCGCUCCAAUGCAUCGCUGCGGAGAAGCGGGCUGCCAGAGCCGUGCAUUCCACAUGGUUAUGACCGCUAUGCUCAGUGGUACAUGAGUCGCUAUGGCUUGAAACGUGAGCAGCUAGCCAUGGUGCCCGUACUGAUGAGUAAAAUGGCUGAGAGGCAUCCCGAGGCAAUGUGCCGGAAAGCCUACACCCUUGAUGAGGUGUUGCAUUCCCGCUGUGUGGCGCCAGUCACGAAUUUGCUAGAGUGUGCCCGACGCGCGGACGGUGCCGUGGCUCUCAUUGUUUCAGGCGAAGCGCACUACGCCGAACACUUUGCGCAGGGGAAACAGGAGCAACGGCACCUAGGCGGCUCAAAGCCGAUAAUCGCCAGCGUCGCAGAAGCGUCUGGUCCACUUUUUCCACCAGGUUCCAGCGAUGACAUCGUGCCGGAUAUUUUCUCUUGUCGUCAUGCUGCUCGGGAUGCGUUUCUCUCCGCUAAUCUGAACGUGGGCGAUAUUCACUUCUUUGGUUUGUAUGACUGCUUUCCUAUUUGUUUGAUUCAGGCUGUUGAGGCGGUUGGCCUGUGCCCCGAGGGAAAGGGCGGCGAAUUCAUGGAAACAGCCUAUAACGAAAUGCUCAACAACGGGGGCGUAUUGGACCCUUCCAAGUUCCCUAUCAACACACAUGGUGGGCUGCAGUGCUUUGGUGCCCCGUGGGAAGUUCCAGCGAUGUACAACAUAACUGAAGCUAUAGCGCAGCUUUCUGAGGAGGCAGGGGACCGCCAGCUUACACCGGUACCAAAACGGGCCCUGGUAUACGGAAAUGGUGGCAUUUUCUCCGCCUCCUCCGUUGCCAUUUUGAUUAGUGACUUGUAG